CGAAGUUGGGUGUAGGAGAAACUACGUUUCCCAUAAGUCUUUUUUUUUUCCGCUGCAGUGGAGACUGUGGGCUCCGGAAUCUUUGGCGGCAGGGACGGCGUGACUCGCAUCUGCACAUGGCUUUCUCCGCGGGAUCCCUGUUGGGCCCCGCCGGCAAGUCGGCGGUGCAGCUGGGUGGCAGGUGGUUACAGCCCAGGAUCUGGUUGGGGUUCCCAGACUUUUGGGGCCUCCCUGUCUUGCAGCAGGCCCGUGGCAAGGCGCGCGGAAACGAGUAUCAGCCGAGCAACAUCAAACGCAAGCACAAGCACGGCUGGAUCCGGCGCCUGAGCACGCCGACCGGCGUUCGGGUCAUCCUUCGUCGCAUGCUCAAGGGCCGAAAGUCCCUGAGCCAUUGAGGAGCGUAACGCUACAGGCAGGACCCCCGUUAAAGCAUUUCCCUCGCCUCGGACCUCACCUUGCGCCUUUGCCGGGACCUGGGGAGCAGAGAAGACUCUGGUGUAAAUGCUUCCCAGAUCGUGGGGUUGGCUUAAGGGAAGAAGUUUGGGUGGAACUGGAAGUGGGGGAGUGGUAGUCAGACUUGGCCAUGUCUCUUUCUAUGCUUUUGAAUUACGAAGAAUUUCGAACAUUCGGCAGAGUACACAGAAUAGUACAACGAACCGCCGUGUCCCUAGUACAAAGCUUGGACCACCAACAAUCCACACUGUCCUACCCGCUCCUGUGUUACUUUGAAACAGAUCUAGGGCGUCAGGUUAUUUCUUCUGGGGCUAUUUUAGAAUGUCUCUCUCCAGGAUAACGGCUCUUUAAAACAUAGCUACAAAACUAUACCCCGCCAAGUUACCAGUAAUUUCUAAAUGUCAUUAAAUGUGUGAUUCCAAAUUUC